CAGCCACAGCCCGCUUAGCCCCUGGCGAUGCUGGGCCGGUGGGCGCGCCGCUGGCCGUGGCCGUGCAACGUGCUGCUCUACGGGGGUCUCUUCGCGGCGGGCGACGCGGCUCAGCAGCGUCUGGGGGCUGCAGCUGGCGGCCCGGCGGGCGACUGGCGGCAGACGCGGCACGUGGCGCUGGUGGCGCUGCUCUUCCACGGCAACUUCAGCUACGCCUGGCUGAGGCUGCUCGAGCGCCUCCUGCCCGGCAGGGCACCGCUGGCCGUGGGGGCCAAGGUGCUGGGCGACCAGCUGGUGGGCGCCCCGGUGGCCAUCCUCGCCUUCUACAGCGGCAUGAGCGUGCUUCAAGGGAAAGAAGAUAUUUUCUUAGACUGCAGACAGAAGUUUUGGAACACGUAUAAGACUGGGCUGAUGUACUGGCCUUUUGUGCAGCUUUCCAACUUCAGCCUGGUCCCUGUGCACCUGAGGACCGCAUACACCGGCCUGUGCGGUUUUGUCUGGAUGACUUUUCUCUGCUUUUCGCAACAACGCGGGGACGGCACUCUGAAAUCUGCUUUGAUGCUGUUCCGCCAAGAGGCCAGUGUGGAUGAGAAAUCGCUGGAGAAAUGAAGAUGUCGCUGUUGCAAAGUGUUCAUCACCCGUCAGAGUCCAAAUGUGGUGGUGCAGGGCAAAGGGGGAUUUUUGCACAUCAGAGGUGCCUGAAAGAAAAGGUAUCCUCGGCGGUUGCCAUGGCGCCCAGGUUGAAGACCCUUGACUCAAAGGAUCUGGCAUAGCUGGUGCUGGGGAACAAACUUGCUCUGCCUGAGAGGUCAGAGAACUACUGCUAGUCAGAGUAGACAGUUCUGAGCGAACUGGUCACAAGCUGGGUUUUUCAGUGAAAAUGACACCUGUGCAAACCCAUUUUUCCUCCAUUCAGAAUUUGUCAUGUUUUAGCAAAGCUUUGUGUUGCCUUGUGGUUUGGCUGCGUGUCUUUCACAUAAUUGGACGCUUCUUUCUUGAGAACCUCGGGACAAAAUCCAACAUGCUCCCGUGCAAGUUCCAUCCACCUUCUUACUCAAGUCCCGUUUAUUCGGUAGGAAAUUAUGCAGGAGAACUGCCAGGUAGAUUGGGCAAUAACACAACAACAGGUGUACAGGUAUGCUCCUAUUUAGGCCAGGGCAGCUGUUUAGACUUCAGAAUGCCAGUCUGCUUUACAUUUUGUUAGUAGGUGUUUUAUUGAUGGAGUCACCAGUGGCCAGUAGUAUAUCCAGUAAAAUGUUUUUACUUCUGCAUUCACCGGAAGAGAGCCAGUUUUGUAUUGGCUGUGCGGCAAUUUACAUUUUGCUGGUCUGCAUCUCCUGGAAUUGAAGCCGUUCGCUUAUUACAGAACACUGCAAACAUUCGGGCAUCGCAGCAUUCAGACUUGCUGCAGAGAAAUAUUGGUCUAAUUUUCUAGCAAUAUUUGGAAGAGAGGGAAAUGGAAUAUUGAGACAUGACUGGAUUCUAUUGGACUAGUUCUUUGAAUUCCCAACAGAAAAUGUUUUCUGUAUAUACUUACUACUUAGAGAAAACAGAGGCGGAAGAAAAGUUUGGGUUUAUAUCCCCCACCCUUUCUCUCCUGUAAGGAGACUCAAAGGGGCUUACAAUUUCCUUUCCCUCCCCACCCCACCCCCAACAAACACCCUGUGAGGUGGGUGGGGCUGA